AUGUCGAAGACUUUCGAGCUUGCUGAGGUUGCCGAGCACAACACGGCUGAGGAUUGCUGGAUUGUGAUCGACAACAAGGUCUACGAUGUGACUGCCUUUAUUGACGACCACCCCGGUGGUGCUGAGGUCCUCCUUGACGUUGCUGGUGAGGAUGGUACCGAUGGCUUUGAGGAUGUCGGUCACUCGUCUGAGGCUGUGGCCAUGCUCAAGGACUACCUCGUUGGUGACGUCGACCCCGCAGAGGUGCGUGAGCGGCCGGCUGGUGGUGCGGGUGCUGGUGACUCGUGGUGCACCAUCCUCUAA